UCUUGAAGUGCUUUGUGCUUAUUUGUUGGUCUGACUUCUAGCAGGUGGAGACAAUGUUCACAGUACAGUAGAAGACUCCGGAUAUCUCUCACUACCUACUGGAAAAAACCAGCUUACCUAAAAAAAAGAUGGCAGGGAUCGUCUCAAAGAGCAAAGCCAAAGGUGUUGAUUUCUGUGGUGUAAGUGACAAUUACUUGAUAGUUCGCUCUGAUCUUGGCUGUUACUUGUACUCAACAAAUUUCCAUCAAGGCUUGGGCCUCACAGUUUACAGCUUGCACCCGUCCUGUCAGGGUGGAGAUCACUAUCUUGCCUAUGACGACAGCACAUUUUACAUAAUCAAAGGCAAUUCUUAUCGCCGUGUGUCCGACAUGAGCAAAGAUUUAGACGCUGAAGUGAAUGAGCUCCACAAAAACUGUCAAGGAGGUGACAACUAUCUGUCUGCCUAUGGAAAAUUCUACAUCAUCUUUAAGGACAGAGGAGUGUAUCGCCGAACUACCGAUAUGAGCAAAGAUAGCGAUGCAGUUGAAUACCCACUGCAUCCAAACUGCAAGGAUGGCCUAUACUACUGGGGCACAAAGCAAUACUCCUACUUCCUCAAGCCGAAAGGUGAAUGGGGAAUCCAGUACCACAAAACUGAUAACCUUAACAAAGACACCUAUGCAAGCACAUACUCAGUUCACCCAGAUGUACUGAACUUCCUUCCUGGAGGCCUGGCUAUAACACAAGGCCCAGCAUUUGGAAAAUGGGAGCUCAUUAAGACGAUUUCCAAUGAUUCAGAAACUCCCCUACACUGGCAAAAGAAGAUAACUCAGAAAGUGGGCUAUACAAAAUCCAAGUCAUCAAGUAUUGAGCAUAACUGGAAAAUUUCAAUGAGCACCACAUAUCAGUCAGGGAUUCUGACUGAAGGGAUUUCCAAAUAUCAGUUCUCUCUGUCAGCUGAAUAUGGAGGACAGAGUGUCAACACUGAAGAAGAGAGCUGGGAAGAAGCAACUGAGACAGAAGAAAGUCUGGACCUUACUCUGCAGCCUCACACUAAAAUGUUCAUUUGGCAGUACAAGCUCGGCUUCGGCAAGAAGGAUGUCCUCUUCUGCCGUGACCUGAUAUUCGAUGACGAUCCUAAUCCCCCCUCUACCAUUCCUCUGCCAGCAGCUGACCACUCUGGGUGUUAAGAAGUCUGAUGUGCUGGGGGAAGAAGCUCUGAUAGUCUGUCUGUGAAGCCUGAAUGCUUAGGGUUAGGGUUGUUAUUUAACACUGUGCUAAAUGUUGGGAUUAGAGCUUAUUAAUGGCUAGAUGUUAGUACCAUAUUUUCGGAUAAACUUUGUUUUAUAGUGGGAAAAAUAACUCACCCUUUAUUACUAAAUGUACUCAUUUUUAAAUUUGAUCAUAUAUUUCAGAUUUUAUAUUUUCAUACACUUUAAACCAUCUAUCUGCUAACGUAAAUUUUGACUUCAUAUCAAAAUGGUUAAUUUUUUUUAAACAAAUAAGAACACAUUUAUUAGAAAAUGUACAAUGUUACCUUCUCUACUUUACUGAAUUGGAUGCUCUAGUUAGAGUACAGAUUACUACUACUACUAAUAACAAUAAUAAUGAUAAUAAUAAUAAUAAUAAUAAUAAUAAUAAUUGUCAGAAUUGGAGGCAGGAUGUGAAGUGCAAGCAUAAAUUCACAAAAAUCAGUGACGUCUAUAGUCAUACAAACUGAUUUUCCAGCUUUCCAUGUUGCCAUCAAUGUGACACCAAGAUGGCCAUUGUUCUUCCUGAACAAAGAGAUGCUGAUCCAUCUAAUUAGCUUUUGUUCAUUUAAUAAUUUCAUACACUACUUUGUUUUAAUUACUUAUGUAUCAAACAUUAAACAAUGCUUUACCCAUGCUUAUGUUUGUUUUCUGAGGCAUAUCAUUAUGACAUUAAAACUUUAAGUAUCAUUCUUUCUUCCCCUUUGUUGGUAUCAGAUGUUCUUGCUUCCAUUCUGCACAGAUUACCUCUGUUGGAUAGAGUAUUAGGUACAGUGUCGGUCAGAAUAACGCUAAUAGGCAGGAGACGAGUUCUAGAUGAAGUAAACAAAAUUUUAUUGUGACACUUUUCUCUCACUUUGUCAAGCACACAACAGUCCCACAGACUUUACACCCAUUUACACAAGUUGUAUUUUAGCGACC